GUGGGGGGGAGUUUUCAAGUCAACUCCUGGGAAACUUGCCUCUCUGGCAUCAGACUCAACACACUCGACCCGCAGCGCGCGGUGCCACCGACGCCAACGAGACGUUCGCUUCUUUUUCUUUUUGGAGCAUUGCGCAACAGAUGACGCGACUCCUCUUCACCGCGCUGUUCAGCGCCGCGUUGCUAUGGCAGUGGUGCCGCGGCCAACAGAGAGGACUGUUUCCGGCUGUGCUGAACCUGGCGUCCAUGGCAGACAUCGCGGCCAAUGCCACCUGCGGCCUAACGGGUCCGGAGAUGUAUUGUAAGUUGGUGGAGCAUGUCCCGGGCCAGCCUGUUAGAAACCCUCAGUGUCGCACCUGCAACCAGAGGAGCAUUAAACCGUUUGAGCAUCAUCCCAUAGAUUAUGCCAUAGAUGGGACCAACCGUUGGUGGCAAAGUCCCUCCAUCAAGAAUGGGAUGGAGUACCACCAUGUGACCAUCACACUCGACCUAAAACAGGUUUUCCAGAUUGCCUAUGUGAUUGUCAAGGCAGCCAACUCACCUCGCCCGGGUAACUGGGUUUUAGAGCGUUCGAUAGACGGCGUGACCUUCGAUCCCUGGCAGUACUACGCCAUGACAGACACAGAGUGCCUGACGCGGUUCAACAUGAAUCCACGGACGGGUCCUCCGGUGUACACCAGAGACGAUGAAGUCAUCUGCACGUCCUUUUAUUCAAAGGUUCACCCCCUGGAGAACGGAGAGAUCCACGCGUCUUUGAUCAACGGACGUCCCAGCGCAGACGACCCCUCCCCGACCCUGCUCAACUUCACCUCCGCCCGCUACAUCAGGCUGGUGUUCCAGCGAAUCCGAACGCUGAACGCCGAUCUCAUGACUCUGACAGUCCGCGACCCCAAAGAUGUGGACCCCAUCGUGACAAGACGGUACUACUACUCCAUUAAGGACAUUUCAGUUGGAGGGAUGUGCAUCUGCUACGGCCACGCUAAAGCCUGCCCACUCAACACUGACACCAAGAAGUUCAGCUGCGAGUGUGAACACAACACUUGCGGGGAGAGCUGCGAUCAUUGUUGCCCUGGUUACCACCAGCAGCCCUGGAUGGCGGGAACGUUCCUCACUCGACACAUCUGUGAAAAGUGUAACUGCCACGGUAAGGCGGACGAGUGCUACUUUAAUCACACGGUGGCAGACUCGUCGCUCAGCCUGGACGUCCACGGCAAAUACAGAGGGGGCGGGGUCUGCAUCGGUUGCCGUGACAACACAGCGGGCAUCAACUGUCAGACCUGCGUUGCCGGAUACUACAGACCUGCCGGGGUGAGAGCGGAGGAGGAGAGCCCCUGCAUCCCCUGCUCAUGUGACCCACACGGAUCUGUCAGCCAAUCAUGUGUCGCAGACUCAAGCCAGGAUACGCCCUCCCAGCCAGCAGGGUCGUGCUGGUGUAAGGAGGGUUUUGGGGGACCACGAUGUGACAGGUGUGCGGUCGGUUAUAUGGGCUACCUGUCCUGUCAGCCCUGUAACUGCAGUGUGGAAGGGAGCACAAACGAUGACCCGUGCGUAACACCCUGCACGUGCAAGGAAAAUGUGGAGGGGGAAAAUUGCGACCGCUGCAAACUGGGAUUCUACAAUCUCCGAGGCGACAAUCGACGUGGCUGCGAAAAGUGCUCGUGUAUGGGUGUUGCCAGUCAGUGCUCGGCCUCCGCCUGGACCUAUCAGAAUGAGACCACACUGACCGGCUGGCACCUGGUCGGAGACACGGGAGGGAGAGUCUGGUCUGUGCACAGGGAGACGCCGCCCUAUCUGAGCGUCCGGCACUCGGACGUCGUGAACGAUCUCGGGUCGGCCUUUUACUGGAACGCACCUGCACUGUACCUGGGAAACAAGCUUAAAGCCUAUGGAGGGAGUGUGGUCUACACUGUGUCCUACACGACAGACCGACAAGGGCAAGUGGCAAUUAGAGUGACCUCAGAACCGGACCUAGUUAUAGAGGGCGGAGGGAUGAAGAUCGUGGACGGAAGGUUCGGCCAGCCGGUGUACCCCGCGUCGCAGAGCACCCACCGCAUUGUUCUCCUUCCAGAGAACUUCCUGCUCUCGGAGACGGGACACGCGAUCAGUCGGAGGGAUUUCUUGUCCGUGUUGGCCAAUGUGACCAGAGUGAUGGUGCGGGCCUCCUAUAGCACAGAGCCCAGCGCAAUGUACAGACUCCACUCGUUCACAAUGCAGGAAGCGAAUCCCUCCGCCAGAGGAGAGAGGAGAGCAUCAGCUGUAGAAGUGUGUUAUUGUCCUCCUGGAUAUGCUGGAACUUCCUGUGAGACAUGCAUUCCUGGUUUCCGAAGGGUUAACGGCAAUCUGUACAAUGGUGUGUGUGAAGCUUGUCGUUGCCAUGAACACGCCACACAGUGCCACGAGGUCACAGGACACUGCCUGGACUGCUCCCACCACACCACUGGCCCCCACUGUGACACCUGCCUACCCGGCUACUAUGGCAACGCCACCCGCGGGUCACCUGCGGACUGUCAGCCCUGCCCCUGCCCACUCAAUCUUCCUAGCAACAACUUCAGCCCCACCUGCCACCUGAGCGAAGAAGGGGAGUUGCUGUGCGACCAGUGCCAGCCUGGAUACACGGGGCCGCGAUGCGACAGAUGUUCCAACGGUUACCACGGCAGGCCCACUGUACCAGGAGACUCCUGCCAGCCCUGCGAUUGCCACGGCAACCUGGACUUAUCCAUACCGGGCAGCUGUGAUCCAAUCACAGGCCAGUGUCUGCGCUGUCGGCAGGGUUACGGUGGGGCGGUGUGCGACAGUUGCGCUGACGGUUACUACGGGGAUGCUGUCACGGCAAAAAACUGCCAACCCUGUCAGUGCCACACGAACGGCUCAGUGAUUGAGGUGUGCAACAAGGAGACCGGACAGUGCCAGUGCAAAGAAAAUGCGGUCGGACGACAGUGUGACGAGUGCAUGCCUAACUGCUGGUGGGACGCUGAGCGUCAGGAGUGCGCGGCCUGCGGCUGCAGCCCGCACGGCUCUAUUUCUCAGCGCUGCGAUGUCGAGGGGCGCUGCAUCUGCCGCCCCGGCUUUGUGGGCCGACGCUGCGACCUGCGUCGGCAAGGUCACGAGAGGCGAGAGACGCGCCGGCCGGUGGAGCACGUUCCCCUGCAAGCCGCGCAUCAGAGAUGGGCGGGGCCGUCCCGCACAGGGGGCUGUCCCAGGGGGGCGUACAAGCCUAAGAUAGGGCCUCAGACCCACGGCAUCCGCACAGGUGGGCAGUGUGUCCCAUGUCACUGUAAUUCGUUCGGCUCCAAGUCCUUCGACUGCGACGAGACCGGUCAGUGUCGCUGUCAGCCGGGCGUCAGCGGACCCAAAUGUGACCGCUGCUCGCGAGGAUUCUUCAACUUCCAAGAGGGCGGCUGCACACCCUGCCAGUGCAGUCAUGUGGGAAAUAACUGCGAUGCGAACACGGGACAGUGCAUCUGUCCUCCCAACACUAUUGGUGAGAGGUGUGACCGCUGCGCGCUGAACCACUGGGGCCACGAUAUCAUCACUGGAUGCAAGGAGUGUGGCUGUAGUGUGGUCGGCUCAGUGACCCAGCAGUGCAACAUGAACACCGGCUGCUGUUUGUGCCGGGACUCCUUCCGCGGAGAGAAAUGCCACGAAUGUGAAAUCGGAUACAGAGACUUUCCUCAGUGCACCCAGUGCGAGUGCAGCGUCUCCGGAUCGGACGGCCAGACCUGCGACCUGGAGAGGGGAGUCUGUGCCUGCGCCGAUCGCACGGGAAAAUGUAGCUGCAAGGCGAAUGCGGACGGAGACAACUGCGACCGCUGCAAGCCCAGCACGUUUGGGUUGUCGGCGCGAAAUCCACUGGGCUGCAGUCAGUGCUACUGUUACGGGCUCACGCAGUCCUGCACAGAGGCACAGGGGCUGAUCAGGAUGUGGCUCACGCUGAAGCCAGAGCAGACGGUGCUCCCCCUGGUGGAUAAAUCCAACACGGUCGAGACGAGGAGAGGAGUGAGCUUCCAGCACCCGGAGAUCCUCGCCCAUGCGGAGCUGGUCACGUCGACACUCUCCGAACCCUACUACUGGAAACUGCCCGAGCAGUUCCGAGGCUCCAUGAUCACGGCCUAUGGUGGUCAGUUGAAAUACGCAGUGUACUUCGAGGCCAGAGAUGAAACGGGACCUUCCUCCUAUGAGCCUCAGGUCAUCAUCAAGGGCGGUCCCAGCCGCAGCAUCAUGAUGACUCGCCACAUACCGGGACUCCAGAUUGGUCAGCUCACCCGACACGAGAUCGACAUGACGGAGCACGAGUGGAAGUAUGCAGAUGGCAGGUCCAUGACUCGGGAGGACUUCAUGGACAUUUUGUUCUAUGUGGACUACAUCCUAAUUAGGGCGUCCCACGGCAACCUGAUGAGACACAGCCGUAUUUCAGAGAUCAGUCUCACGGUGGCGGAGGAGGGCCGGCCGACCAAAGAGAGCGAGAGGGCCCAUCAGAUAGAAAAAUGUGACUGUCCAAUGGGAUACUCUGGAUUUUCUUGUGAGGAGUGUGCUGCGGGUUUCUACCGUCUCCGCACCGGCUCCCUGACAUCUGCUCCGGCUUCCAGAGUGCCCAGCGCUGCUGGCAUGGGCAGCUGUGUGCAGUGCCAAUGCAGUGGGCACUCUUCCACCUGUGACCCUGAGACGUCCAUAUGCCAGAACUGCCAAGACAACACAGAGGGCGAUCGGUGUGAGCGCUGCGCUCCGGGAUUCUACGGGCUGGUCCGAGGUUCUCCUGAUGACUGCAAACCCUGCGCCUGCCCCCUCACCAACCCGGAGAAUCAUUUCAGUCCUACCUGUGUGGCGGAGGGAUUCGAUGACUACCGGUGUACUGCCUGUCCUGAGGGAUAUGAGGGCAAAUACUGCGAGAGAUGUGCCACUGGUUACCACGGUAACCCGAGGACGCCAGGCGGCCGCUGCGAGGAGUGUAAGUGUUCCGUGUGGGGGGCGUUGCCCGGACCAUGUGACCCAGUCACGGGCCAGUGCCGUUGCAGGGUCGGGGCAUCUGGACGGUCGUGUGACCAGUGCAUGGACCGGCAUGUGUGUGGACCGGCCGGGAUCAUCUCCUGCGACGACGAGUGCUCAGGUCUGUUGAUCAGUGACAUGGACCGCCUGUAUCGCAUCAUCACUGAGGUCACUCUGACCACACCCCUCCCGCCACCAUAUAAGAUGCUGUACCGCUUCGAGAACAUGACAGAGGAACUCAAGCACAUGCUGUCGCCUCAGAAAGCUCCGGAGAGAUUACUGCAACUGGCCGACUCCAACCUCGGAUCACUGGUCGUCGAGAUGGACCAGCUACACAGCAGGGCCACUAAGGUGUCUGCUGAUGGAGAACAGGUCGAAGAUGAUGCUGACACGAUUCAUAAGCGAGCUGAAGACCUGGAACAGUACAUCAGGGACACACUGCUGGGAGCUAAAGAUCUGCAGUUGAAGGCUGCCGAGUUGAACCAGACUCUCUCACGCCGAGAUGGAACUCCAGACAAAAGCCUGAAGGAGAUGAAGGAGGAGAUCCAGGCCAUGCUCGCCGAGAUGAGAACACGACAGAUGGGAGGGAAAAAGAGCAUUGCUGACGAGGAGAUGGACCUCGCAGAGGAGUUGUAUCAGAAAGUCAAGAGGUUGUUUGGCGACCCCCAUCAGGCCACAGAAGACCUGAAAGCCGAGAUAAAAGGGAAGCUCUCGGACCACGAGGGGAAGCUCCAGGAGGCCGAGGAUCUGCUGCGCUCUGCCCAGGGAACGACGAGGCAGGCUGGAUCUCUGGCUGAACAGAACCGAGCCAACCUCACGGCCCUUGAGAGGAAGCGCUCUGCUGUCAGUGUAGUGAAACAGGAUGCCCAGGAGGUCCUGGGAGAGGGAGAACGUCUGCUGGACGAAGCAAACCAGCUUUCUGACAACAUCAACAGAGAGAUAGAGGACUUGGAGGAGAUGGAGAAAGAGCUGGGUCCUCUUCACGACCAGCUCGGCGAUAAAGUCGGCCGCCUCUCCGGCGGCUUGACCGUCAGCCUGUCUAACCAUGUGCACGAUGCAGAGGAACACGCCAAGCAGCUGAACGAAUCUGCCGCCAUUUUGGAUGGUAUUUUGGCUGAGGCUAAAAAUCUCUCCUUCAAUGCAACAGCUGCCUUCAAGGCCUACAGUAACAUAAAAUCAAAUGUGGACGAAGCAGAGAAGGAGGCAAAGGCGGCCAAACAGAGGGCAAGUGAGGCUCUUGCACUGGCUUUAGGUCCAGAGGUCCCAGUGAAGCAGGCAGCUCAAGAAUCCCUUCAGAAGAGUCAGAAACUGCUAAACCAAGCGAAACAACUGCAAAAUGAAGUCAAAGAGAAUGCAGAUAGUGUCGCUGGGCUGAAGGGCAGAGUUAAGGCAGCAAGGGACAAAACCAGGGACCUGCUCAGAGCUGUCAAUGGAACCAGGGCAACGCUCCACGCUAUCCCCAAAGACACGGCAGCUAAGCUCGCAGGCACGAAGGCUGUCGCGGCUGACGCUAAUGCCACAGCCGUAGACGUGCUGGAGCGCCUCGGAGACUUGAACCUGCGACUCCGGGGCCUGCAGAGGAACUACAGCGAGCUGGAGGACACCGUGAACGCUGCCAACCAGAUGAUCCAGGACCCGGAGAAAAACACCAUCAUCCAUGCUGCAGGAGCGAAAGUGAAGGAUCUAGAGGACGAAGCUGAUAGGCUGCUGGAGAAGCUGCAGCCAAUCAAAAGGCUGCAGGACAAUUUGAAGCGAAACAUCUCACAAAUCAAGGAGCUGAUCAACCAGGCGAGGAAACAAGCAAACUCAAUCAAAGUCUCAGUUUCCUCGGGUGGUGACUGUCUUCGUAGUUAUCGCCCUGACAUCAGGAAAGGAAGGUACAACACCAUCGUCCUUCAUGUCAAAACCACGACACCUGAUAACCUGCUCUUCUACCUGGGAUCAACCAAGUAUGUUGAUUUCUUGGCCUUGGAGAUGCGUAAGGGGAAGGUGACUUUCCUGUGGGACGUGGGUUCGGGUGUGGGGAGGGUCGAGUAUGCCCAUCACACCAUCCACGAUGGGAACUGGCACAGAAUCGAGGCGUCUCGCAAUGGGUUGAAUGGCACCAUAUCAGUAUAUCCUCUGGAAGGCUCCAUGGCUGGUAUGAUGCCGACCCCGGCCAGUGCCAACUCGCCUACGGCCUUCACUAUUUUGGACGUCGACCAAAACGCCUACCUGUUUGUAGGAGGAAUACUCGGCACUGUCAAGAAAGCGGAUGCAGUAAGAACAUCAACAUUCACAGGCUGCAUGGGGGAGACCUUCUUGGAUAGUAAACCCAUUGGACUUUGGAACUACAGAGAGAGACAGGGAGACUGUAAAGGAUGUGUGAUCAGCCCCCAGCGUUCAGAUGGUGAGGGAAUAGUCCAGCUGGACGGUGAAGGCUACGCCGCGGUGGGACGGCCCACGAGGUGGAACCCCAACGUUUCCUCCGUCACCUUUAAGUUCCGCACUUUCUCCUCCGAAGCUCUGCUGAUGUAUCUGGCUACUGAAGAUAUGAAGGACUUUAUGUCUGUGGAGCUGUCCGAGGGUAAGGUGAAGGUGAACUUUGACCUCGGGUCAGGGGUUGGCAGUGCCACGUCAGCCAGCCGCCACAACGACGGAAGCUGGAAGUCCCUCACCAUGUCGAGGAACAAGAAACAAGCCACGGUGACUGUGGUGGACAUCAACAGCGGUGCCGAGGAGAAGAUAGUGGCCACGUCUCAGGGUUCAGCUACCGGUCUGAACCUCAAGGAAAACCAGAAAAUCUAUUUUGGAGGGCUGCCGACGAUCGGAAACUACAGCAUGACGGCCAGGUCAGAGAUCACUUUGAAGCGGUAUGCUGGCUGUCUUCGGGAGAUUGAAGUCUCCAGGACUCCAUAUAAUCUGCUCAGCAGUUCAGAUUAUACUGGGGUCACUAAGGGAUGUAACGUAGAGAACCUGUACACGGUGAGUUUCUCCAAGCCAGGAUACAUGGAGCUGGGCGGACUGUCGCUGGCGCUCGGCACAGAGGUCAGCCUGUCGUUCAGCACCCUGGAAGACACCGGGACCAUACUGCUGGCAGUAGGCGGAGCUUCACCACUCGGCCAGCAGGCCCGGAACACAAACCUCUUUGGCUCCAAGAGGAGACGCAGACAGUCGGGAGAGCCCUACCUCUCUGUCAUGCUGAACAAAGGCUCUCUGGAGGUUUUGGUGUUCACCGGCAGCAACAGUCCGCGUCGUGUCAUCAGACGACCCGAACAAGGCCUUCUGAACGAUGGGAAGGAGCACUCACUGCGCAUCGAGAGGCUGGCUGGCAGAUCCUUUGCAGUCCAGGUUGAUGAGGAGGCGAAGAGGGAGGCGACGCUUCCCAACGACCAGCCAGUGAGCUUGCGGCACAUCUUCCUCGGUGGUAUUCCUGCAGAAGUAGAGCAGACGUCCAACAGAGCCAAUGUGCCAUUCCAAGGAUGUAUUUGGAACCUCAUGGUCAACGCUGUUCUCUCAGACUUCUCCCAGCCCCUGUCCUUUGUGAACGCUGAAAUCGGCCAGUGCCCCAACCUCGCCCCGCCGCCGCCUCCACCUCUGCUGCCAGAAGAGAAGGAGCCCGAGGAGGAGGAGGAGGAGAAGAAGAAGGAGGCGACGAAGCCACUCGCUCCUCCGCUGACCCCUGACCCUGUCACACCCCCUCCGGGCCCUCCUGCUGAGGCCACGCCCCCUGCCCCGCCCGCUGCCAUGCCUACUGCUGCUACAGCCCUGACCACUGCUAAGCAAGACCCGAGCUCCGACUUGGACUCGUGUGCCUCAGCUGUGGCGCCGACAGCGCUGGAGAAGGCCUACCAGUUCGGACUCACCAGGAACAGCCACGCGACCUUCGCCUUCGAUGACGCCAAAGUCAGAGAGAGGCUCAUAUUAGAGUUUGAGCUGAGGACGAAGGAGGAGUCCGGGCUCGUUCUCUACAUGGCGAGAAUCAACCAUGCGGACUUUGUUUCCAUACAGAUCAAGGAUGGACAGGUUUGUCUGGGUUAUGAUCUUGGCCAUGGAAACAUAUCCGGCUGCGUUCCCUCCUCCAUCAACGAUGGGAACUGGCACAAGAUCCGUGUGAGUCGUAACAAGCAGCGAGGUCUUCUUAUGGUUGAUGGACUAUACAGUAAACAGAUGACCAGCCCAAAGAAGGCUGACCUGUUGGACGUGGUGGGGACGCUGUACGUUGGUGGAUUACCACAAAACUACACCUCUAAGAGGAUCGGACCAAUUCUCUACAGUAUCAAUGGAUGCAUCCGUAACCUUAAGAUGGUGGGAGGUGCCGUGAGCCUCAAGUCCCCCGCUACAGGUCGCGCUGAAGCUGCCAUCGAGGACUUCAAGCUGGACAUGGCCGCUCCCGCCUCCAGUCACAUGGUGGGAAGAUGCUUCGUCGCGACCGAGGUGGGCACCUACUUUGAAGGCACUGGCUUCCUGAAAGCAGUCUCUUCCUACAGAGUGGGUCUGGAUGUGUCCAUGGCGUUAGAGUUCAGAACCAGCAGAACCAACGGGGUGCUUUUGGCCGUCAGUAACCAAGGCAACGACGGCCUCGGACUUGAGAUCGUCCAGGGCAAGCUGCUCUUCCACGUGGACAACGGGGCCGGGCGGAUCACGGCCGAGCACGUGCCCGAGGGCGAGGGCUUCUGCGACGGCCAGUGGCACGCCGUCACCGCCAGCAAGAUCCGCCACCGGGUGGAGCUGGUGGUGGACGGGAAGCAGAGCCGGGGAGAGAGUGCGACUCCUCGCUCCAACACCUGCGACACCAACGACCCCAUCUACGUCGGAGGAUAUCCCAGUGGAGUUCGCCAGGCGGCUCUGUCGGGCAGCGCUUCCUUCAGGGGCUGCAUGAGGAACCUGAAGAUCACCAAGGCUUCGAAAACCAUGGACGUGCACUUCAACAAGGCUCCGGAGAUCCGAGGGGUGCAGCCGCUCUCCUGUCCCGCCGCGGCCGCCUAACCGCUUUCUACUAACAGGAGCCUCACACGGCCUUGAGGUGUGGAGUUCACUGCUUUUUGCCAAACAUCUUUGCCAUUGAAGCUGCAAUGGGCAAAUUGUUUAACAAGAAAUAAUCCCUGUUAUCGGCGUUGUUAUAAAACGGCAGCAAGAAGCACCUUCAUACAAAAUAGCUUUUGUAUUUUACAAGAAGCAAAGAGAGACACAUUCAAAAAACCUCUUCUGACUGUAUGGGGCUGCCAAAAUCUGCAAAUCUGUCUGGCGUGGUUUGACUAGAUUGAGACCAGAAACAUGUUUUCCCUUUGAAAUUCACCCUUUAAACUUUCAAUACGAGACCCCCAGAAACAUUUUGUGCAGAGUGAGACUGGUCAAUAAAUAUGUAAAUGGCGACAAACUUGAGGUCUCGCAGUGUUUAAACAAUUUUUUUUAAUAGUUUGCAGUGAAGGAAGCUGUGACCCCGCUCUGUGGUUCGCAAGUACUCGCAAUUUUUAAUAAUUCUAUUCUGGGUUACGUGUGAUUAUGCAAAAAUUAAAUCAGCUUUGUGAUUUUCCUACUUUUGUCCUUCAUAAAAAUUUGUUCCCUUUUUCAGCUCGGCAACACAGAUAUGGACAUUAAGUAAUUUACCUUCUCAGCUGUUUUCUACAAAAAAAAAACAUAUGAGGUUGGAUUUACGGUGGACUAUUUUUUCAGCUGACUGAUGAUUAAUAAUCUUUAAAGUUCUAAAAAAUUAACCAAGAAAAUGUUUAGAGAUCCCGUGGCUCUGAAGCCAGAAGAGCUGUGGUCCACAUGUCCAGUAUUCAUUACAUUAUUCAGUUAUCUAAGUAAUUACAUAGAGAAAAUACAGUAGAACCUUUUUUAUAGGUGCAGGCUCUCUUCAACUAUCGAUUUACAAACCGGAGCUCAUAUUUUCACUUCAGGGCUGUUCAGAUUUAGGUUACAAGGUUUUUGUGCGGGACGCUCGUGGCUAACUGCAUGGUGUGGCUGAGAAUGCGAUACGCAGCUGUUUCUUGAAAUAUAUUCUUGAGAGCAUCAUCA